AUGCCGAAUACUGGUAAACCGAGCCCCGCCUGCCAUCUAUGUAGGAAGCGAAGGGUCAAUUGCGAUCUUACUAAACCAGGAUGCCACCGGUGUGUAAAGAUUGGAAAGAUCUGCCCGGGUUAUCGUCCCGAACUAGAUCUCCUCUUUCGAAAUCAGGACAAAGAUUCGAUUGCUAAAAAGAAAGCACUGGCAUCGGCACACAUCGCCGAUGCAGAUCUUGGCGCUGCAGGCCGUACAAGGACACCUCGACCGGUGCAGACCCUUUCCAUGUCAUCUAAAUCCGGCCCGACUAGUGUCAACUCAGGGACCCCCGCACAGCCGAAGCAUUUGCGACCAACAUGGACGACUACAUCAACAAUUUGCCCGCAGAUCACAGAACAAUGGCGGUUGUACUCAGUACCCAUUAUUCUGAACCAUUUUUCGGCUUCUAUCAACGAUAGUCACUCAUGUGGGAGUCUUGACUUUCUUCCAGAUGUUUACAAGGAGAUCAAUGAUGAGUCGUGUCUCAGCGCAACUACGGUGGCUUUUGCAAAGGCAUACAUCACGAAUCUGUCACAGCAACAACCUGAUAAGGAACAAAUACACACGUAUGGACAUGCGUUGAAUUUGACGAACGCUGCUCUGCGAGACCCAGUCGAGAGAGUGAAAGAUAGUACUCUGAUAGCGGUCUGGCUGCUUGGGAUUCACGAAAUUUUGAUUAGUUCUGCAAAGAAGGAACCGGCACCUGUACCAGAGGCAUAUAUCGCGCACUGCCAAGGUCUAGUAUCUUUGCUCGCCAUUCGAGGUCCAGCCCAAUUCUCCUCCAGAAGAGGACGCAAUGUGUUUUGGACUGUCUAUAUGUUCAUUCUAGUCCAUUGUAUGGCAGCGAACAUCAGUGGUCCGCCACAGUCCUGUGACUGGUUUGAUCUCAUGUUGCCUCAUCUGACUAAGGAUGAUCAACAUGCUUUUGCAGUCGCCAACCACAACUAUCGACUCAUUUUACUCUGCAAAAGAAUCAUUGAGUUCGUCAAUAAGUUUCCUGCCGAUGCCAGACGACCAUCCGAUAUCACAAGCAUACUCAGAGAAUCAGACAUUCUUCAGAGCGAUGUUGAAAUUUGGAACUCCAGUUUCACUUUCGAUCCUACAGACCUUACCGCUCUAUAUGUCCACAACACUCUGCGAGCAGCUUUGUUUAAGCUCCAAUACUUCACACUUCUCCUCGUCUCUCAUACAGACAUGACCCCAAUUUCAAACUUCGAUUUUCGACAGCAACACACCAUCCAUAUCCUGCAGAACCUUUCCUGCGAAAUCAUCGAAAGCAUACCCCUCGCUCUCCGCGAAACCACCGGAACCUGCAGCGAGAAGCCAGGAAAUUGGGCUGGCGCGUUGCGACUUGUCUGGCCACUUGGCCUUGUGUCAUGGGUUCCGUGGGCUCUACCCGAGCACAGGAAAGAGUCGCAGGACGUUUUACAGCGCAUUGGAAGGAAGAUGGGGAUACGAUUUGCUAUAGAUUGUGACCCACCAGCAGGGAGAUUUAUGAACCAUUAA